UCAUUCACUCUCUGGUCAGGUUACACAUAUCAUUCUCGUAUGGGUUCCGAAGGCCUGUUCAAUGCCGUUGUGGCACUCAUCACCAUGUUCUUGGCUGGCUUGUAUGGCGUCUAUGUCUUUAUCGCCUUGAUCAUCCCCUUUGGCUCGGCCAAAUCGGUUAUUAUUGGCUGCUUCCUCAUAUUUUUCGUUUGCGUCAUCAUCGCUGUGGAACUGGUGGCGCCUGGGCCGCUCAUGGAGAACGUGGCGAUGCUGGGCAAGUUCUGGGGCAUGGGCUUUUGGUUCAUCUUCCUCGGCGUGCUCAUCAUCAGCACGGGCGGACUGGGGCUCAUUGUAACGAUCCUCAUGCUGCUGUGGGGCUGUGUGCUUGUGCUCUUUUCGCUGCUUCCGAUCGGGGGCAAGAGGCCUCUGUUUGGGAGCGCAGGCGGAUCGGUGUCGGGAUCUGCAGCAUGAGAGGAUGUUAUGUCUCGAGGCGAGUGACCACCAUGAACUUCUCCUUAAAGCGACGAAUGGAGAGCGCAGCGAUGAGGGCCUCGGCAUGGGUGGGGCACUCGAUGGUAAAGUGCUGAUCGCGGAGA